GUAGUGAUACGUUCACCAUUGUCAAUGAAAACACAGGCAAGUGCAUCAAGCCACUGUAUGACUGGAUAGUAGCAAAGGAUUGUGAAGAAACUGGGGAUAUGUUAUGGAAGUGGGUGUCCCAGCAUCGACUCUUCCACUUACAAUCCCAGAAGUGCCUUGGUCUGGAUGUUCCCCAGCCUGUGGAUGCCCUGAGAAUGUUCAGCUGUGACUCUAAGGCCAUGCUGUGGUGGAAGUGUGACCACUACUCUCUGUAUGGAGCUUCCCAGUACAGGCUGGCUCUGAAGGAUGGGUUUGCCAUAGCCAGCACAAAUACAUCUGAUGUCUGGAAGAAAGGAGGCUCUGAGGAAAGCCUUUGUGACCAGCCUUACCACGAGAUAUAUACCAGAGAUGGAAACUCCUAUGGGAGACCUUGUGAAUUUCCAUUUUUAGUUAAAGGGACAUGGCAUCAUGACUGCAUUCUUGACAAAGAUCGUGGUGGGCCAUGGUGUGCUACCACCUUAAAUUAUGAAUAUGACCAAAAGUGGGGCAUCUGCUUAAAACCAGUAAGUGGCUGUGAUGGUAACUGGGAAAAGAGCGAGGAGACUGGAAGUUGCUACCAAUUUAAUACGCAGGCAAUUCUGUCUUGGAAAGAAGCUUAUGUUUCAUGUCAGAGUCAAGGAGCUGACUUAUUGAGCAUCAACAAUGAUGCUGAAUUAACUUAUCUUAAAGGAAAAGAAGGCAUUCCUAAAAAAUUCUGGAUUGGACUAAAUCAGCUGUACUCUGCCAGAGGCUGGGAAUGGUCAGACCACAAGCCCUUAAAGUUUCUCAACUGGGACCCAGAUAUGCCAAGUGCACCUGUACUAGGUGGAUCAAGCUGUGCAAUUAUGGAUGCUGAGUCUGGACUAUGGCAGAUGAUUUUCUGUGAAGCUAAACUACCCUACAUCUGCAAGAAACCAUUGAGUAAUCCAACAGAGUUAACAGAUGUUUGGACGUAUUCAGAUACCCGCUGUGAUGCAGGCUGGCUGCCAAAUAAUGGAUUUUGCUAUCUACUAGUAAAUGAAAGUGGUUCCUGGGAUGAGGCACAAAUAAAAUGCAAAGCUUUCGGUGGUGACCUCAUCAGCAUUCAUUCGUUAGCAGAUGUGGAGGUGGUUGUCACAAAACUCCAUAAUGGAGAUACCCAAGAAGAAAUAUGGACAGGCCUUAAGAACAUAAAUAUACCAACUUUGUUUCAGUGGUCAGAUGGUACUGAAGUUACUCUGACGUACUGGGAUGAAAAUGAGCCAAAAGUUCCCUACAAUGAGACACCCAACUGUGUUUCAUAUUUAGGAAAGCUAGGUCAGUGGAGAGUCCAGUCGUGUGAAGAGAAACUUAAAUACGUAUGUAAGAAGAAAGGAGAAAAAGUGAAUGAUACAAAGUCCGAUAAGAUGUGUCCUCUGGCUGAGGGCUGGAAGAGACAUGGAGAAACCUGUUACAAGAUUUACAAGGAUGAGGUCCCUUUUGGAACGAACUGCAACCUGACUAUCACUAGCAGAUUUGAACAAGAAUACCUGAAUGAUAUGAUGAAAAAGUAUGAUAAAUCUCUUCGAAAAUACUUCUGGACUGGCCUGAGAGAUGUAGAUUCCCGUGGAGAAUAUAGUUGGGCAACAACUGGUGGAAUAAAACAAGCUGUAACCUUUUCCAACUGGAAUUUUCUUGAGCCGGCAUCUCCAGGUGGGUGUGUGGCUAUGUCUACUGGAAAGUCUCUUGGCAGGUGGGAAGUGAAGAACUGUAGAAACUUCAGAGCACUUUCAAUCUGCAAGAAAAUAAGUAGACGCCUGGAACCUGAAGAAGCAGCCCCCACGCCUGAUGGCCCCUGUCCUGAAGGCUGGCAUACUUUCCCCUCCAGUCAUUCUUGUUAUAAGGUAUUUCAUAUAGAAAGAGUUACGAGGAAAAGGAACUGGGAAGAAGCUGAAAGGUUCUGCCACGCACUUGGAGCACAUCUCCCUAGCUUCAGUCAUAUGGAUGAAAUAAAGGAAUUUCUUCACUUAUUAAGGGAACAGUUCAGUGUCCAGCGUUGGCUGUGGAUAGGUUUGAAUAAAAGGAGCCCAUAUUUACAAGGAUCCUGGCAGUGGAGUGAUCGUACACCAGUGUCUACUGUUAUCAUGGAAAAUGAAUUUCAGGAGGAUUAUGACAUCAGAGACUGUGCUGCUGUCAAGGUUAUGCACAGCUACUGGAGAAGAGGCUUGCAUUUUCAUGACGACAGAGAAUUUAUUUAUUUGAGGCCUUUUGCUUGUGAUACAAAACUUGAAUGGGUGUGCCAGAUUCCAAAAGGCAGCACUCCAAAAACACCGGACUGGUACAAUCCAGAGCGUGCUGGUAUUCGUGGGCCUACAGUUAUAAUUGAAGGAAGUGAAUAUUGGUUUGUUGCUGAUCCUCACUUAAAUUACGAAGAAGCUGUCCUGUACUGUGCUAGCAAUCACAGCUUUCUUGCUACUGUGACAUCUUUUACAGGACUAAAAGCCAUCAAAAACAAAAUAGCAAAUAUAUCUGAUGUGGAACAGAAGUGGUGGGUGAGAACUAGUGAUCAGCCAAUAGAUCAUCAUUUUAUAUACUCACGACAUCCAUGGCAUCGCUCUCCUGUGACAUUUGGGGAGAAAUGCUUGCACAUGUCUGCCAAGACUUGGCUUAUUGACUUAAGCAAACCAACAGACUGUAGAACCAAGUUGCCCUUCAUCUGUGAAAAAUACAAUGUAUCUUCAUUAGAGAAAUAUAGUCCAAGUUCUGCAGCUAAAGUACGAUGUUCUGAGCCUUGGAUUCCUUUUCAGAAUAAGUGCUUUCUGAAGAUCACGUCUAAGUCUCUUACAUUCUCUCAAGCAAAUGACCUCUGUCACUCCUAUGGUGGGACCCUGCCUUCGGUGCUGAGCCAGAGUGAACAAGAUUUUAUUACAUCCUUGCUCCCGAAUAUGGACGCUGAUUUAUGGAUUGGUCUACGGUGGACUGCCUAUGAAAAGACUGUCAAGUGGGUGGAUAACAGAGAGCUGACAUACAGGAACUUUCACCCAUUGCUGGUUGGUUGGAGGCUGAGGAUGCCAGAAAGUUUUUUUGAUGAAGAGUCCCACUAUCACUGUGCACUGAUACUCAACUUCCCAAAGUCACCUUUUACUGGAACAUGGAAUUUUACUUCCUGCACUGAACGCCAUUCUGUAUCUCUGUGUCAGAAAUAUUCAGAAGUGAAAGACAGACGGACCUUGCAGAAUACUUCAGAGACUAUAAAAUAUUUAAAUAACCUGUACAAAAUAAUCCCAAAGACACUGACGUGGUACAAUGCGCAAAGGGAGUGUAGAAAAGAGAACAUGCGCCUGGUGACCAUCACCAAUCCCUACCAGCAGGCAUUCCUCACCGUGCAGGUCGUGCUCUGGAACUCUUCCUUUUGGAUUGGACUCUCAAGUCAAGAUGAUGAACGCAACUUUGGUUGGUCAGAUGGGAAACGUCUUCAUUUUAGUCGCUGGGCUGAAAAUAGCAAACAACUUGAGGACUGUGUGAUACUAGACACCGAUGGAUUCUGGAAAACAGCAGAUUGCAAUGAUAAUCAACCGGGUGCUAUUUGCUACUAUCCAGGAAAUGAGACUGACGUUAAACCAGUUGACAGAGUUAAAUGCCCAUCUCCUGUUCUGAAUACCCCAUGGAUACCAUUUCAGAACUCUUGCUACAAUUUCAUGUUGACAAAGAAUAGCCAUGUAGCAGUGACACAAGAUGAAGUUCAUUCCCAAUGCCAGAAAAUGAAUUCAAGAUCACAUAUUCUGAAUAUUCGAGAUGAAAAAGAGAAUGAGUUUGUUCUUGAACAACUUCUGCACUUCAACUAUAUGGCUUCAUGGGUCAUGUUAGGGAUAAUUUAUGAAAAUAAUUCCCUGAUGUGGUUUGAUAAAACCAUGCUGUCAUACACACACUGGCGAGCAGGAAGACCAACUGUAAAAAAUGGCAACUUUUUGGCUGGUUUGAGUACUGAUGGCUUCUGGGAUAUUCAGACCUUUAAUGUUAUUGAGGAAAUACGUCCAUUUUACCAGCACAGUAUUCUUGCUUGUAAAAUUGAAAUGGUUGGCUACAAGGAAGAAUAUAAUACUACACUGCCACAGUUUAUUCCAUAUGAAGACGGUAUUUAUAAUGUUAUUCAGAAAAAGGUAACAUGGUAUGAAGCAUUAAACACAUGUUCUGAAAGUGGAGGUAAUUUGGCAAGUGUUCAUAAUCAAAAUGGCCAGCUCUUUCUGGAAGAUAUUGUAAAGCGUGAUGGAUUUCCACUGUGGGUUGGACUGUCAAGUCAUGACGGAACUGAAUCAAGUUUUGAAUGGUCUGAUGGCAGUGCACUUGACUACAUGCCAUGGAAAACCCUAAAAUCUCCUGGAAAUUGUGUGGUUUUGGAUCCAAAAGGAAUUUGGAAACAUGAAAAAUGCAACUCUGUUAAGGAUGGUGCUAUUUGUUAUAAAUCUACAAAAUCAAAAGAGCUGACCCUGCAUACAUAUUCAUCAAGAUGUCCAGCAGCAAAAGAAAACAGGUUGCAAUGGAUCCAGUACGGGGAUUACUGUUAUACGACUGACCAGACAUUGCACAGUUUCUCAGAGGCCAGACAACUGUGUCAAAAACUUGAUCAUUCUGCAACUAUUGUCAGUAUAAAGGAUGAAAAUGAGAAUAAAUUUGUGAGCAGGUUGAUGAGGGAAAAUAAUAAUAUUACCAUGAGAGUUUGGCUCGGCUUAUUCCAGCAUUCUGUUGAUCAGUCUUGGAACUGGUUUGAUGGAUCAGGAGUGACAUUUGUCAAGUGGGAAAAUAAAAGCAAGAGUAGUGAUGGAAAAUGUAGCAUUUUGUUAGCUUCAAAUGAAACUUGGAAAAGAGUUGAAUGUUCACAUGGCUAUGGAAGAGUUGUCUGCAAAGUUCCCCUGGGUCCUGAUUACAAAGGAAUAGCCAUCACCUUUGCCGUGCUCAGCAGCGUAGCUCUCACCGGUGGGCUGAUUUGGUACCUCUUCCAAAGAAACCGUUUCCGGUGGGCAGGAUCCUCAUCAGUUCGGUACGAGCAAGGAAUGAAUGAAGAUGAGAUUGUGUUUCCUUUUUUCCACGACUAAACUCUCCUAAAAGUUUGCUUAUUUGCACUAAUGUGUUGGGGAAAGUGAGCCACUUAAAACUUUCCCAGUGUUAGUAUUUACUGUGUUUCAAAGUAGAAGGCUCAAGUACUUCUUCAGUUGGCUAUUUGCUGUGCUGAUCUCCACAAUUGUCUACUAAAUGCCAUGUUUAUAAUUCUGUUUACUAGAAUGGGGUGGGCUAGAGGCUAGAACUGAAGUCUAAAUUGCUUAUAGGACAAUAUGUUCAAUUAAUGUCACUUUCUCUGUAAGAAUGUGUUAGUAACUAGGGUAUGCAUAUAUUUUAAUGGAAUUUUUAACAAAACUUAGAAAAUUUAAACUGGCAUAUUAGUAGAUCACACAUUUACCUUUUAAUUUUUAAGAGCAUCUGGCUAAAUGCAAAAUUAGUACCUCUAGGUAAAAAACCUUACUGUAAGUAAUAGCAGCAUUACUUCAAAAUAGUCAUUUGCAGCAUUUGGGAAAGAGUAUUAAUAUGACUUGCUUACCUUUUACACAACAAAAUGAUGCCUCUUGGCAAGAUGCUUCUUAUACUCCAAAGAUAUUUUAUACCAAUGUUAUUUAAAUGUCUACAUUUUUAUUCAGAAAUAGCUUUAAAGAUUUAGUACUGAAAACUUUCUGAAAUGUGAGAACAUUAUUAGAUUUAUUGGAUACCCUGUAGCAAUGUAUUUUGUGCUUCUUGAUUUAAAACAUAUGAUGUUUAAAAGGACUCAACUAGGGAUGCAACUAUUUGAAAAUUUUACAAUUUAUAUCCUUCACGUAGCAUGUCAGCUUUUUUUUGUUGUUAUUGGGGAUUAAACCCAGGGCCUCACACAUGCUAAGCACACACUCUCCUGUGAGCUACAA